AUGGGUUCACCUCCUGCACUCCUCCUAGCCGAUGUCUUCAUGGGCAAGCUUGAGAAGUUUCAAACGAGGGGUCAAAUCAAUAGGCUUAAACAUUACAGUCGCUACGCCCAUGACACUUUUGCAAUCACCACCACCACCACCACCACCACCACCACCACCACCACCGCAGAAACCGACACAGCGGCUCUCUCUAAUGCGGUAAGCCAGGCACAUCCGUCAAUAAAAUUCACAUUGGAGAUGGAAACGGCUGAUUCGCUCCCUUUCCUAGAUUUCCUUCUUAACAGGGGACCUGAGAGUAGCGUGCGAAUGAGCGCCUAUCGAAAGAAAACCUGGUCUGGGCAAUACGCGACCUUCGGAAGUUUCGUGCCCCUCAACCAUAACCAAAAUCUAAUCUGGUGUUUGCUGCAAAGGGCUGAAAAAGUGUGUUCUACAGACAGCAUCGCAAAAAAGGGUACCGUGGCAGGUUUAUCACAAGGAGUGUCGCUGCGCGACCGGAAGAACCAAUACGGUAACUGCCGAAAAGAAAACGCUGUUCCUCAAAGUUUCUUUUCAUGGGUACGCUGCGAAUGAACUUCCGAGAAGUCCCCUUGGUCAAGGUGUCUCAUUAACUUCCUCAAAAGCAGGGGUUCGAAUACUAUUCUCUGUUAAACCCUUUUUUUACGCGGAGAGGGUAAGCAUCCGUUGACAACUCAGAGUACAGUAAUGUGCAGCUAUUCGUUUACUUGCUCCUGUGGAUCAGGUUCUUUUGGUCGCACUAGUCGGCGCCUAUCCAAGAGAAUAGCUGGGAAAAGGCCAAACUAGGAGCAAAAACAGUGCUGUUAUCGCGCAUGCUGUUGAUUACCAGCAUCAUGUGGACUCCGGCAAAGCCUUUUGCGUGAUUGAUAAGGCCGCAUAAAGCUACCCUAAGCUACUGGGCCAGUGCCUGUUAGCAAUAGCGGAAGCGACCGCCAUCAGGUUACGAAAACUAAUCUUGUGCGCUCAAAAGAAUCACAUUCAAGCUCCGCACCUACAAAGGUCGAAGUUCGACUUACCCUGCAACUCUACGCGCCCUUCAGCUCUCAUCCCACCCCUGGCGCUGAGUGCAAUAACACCCUCCACAUUCACAGACCCCGCGUGUAUUUUAAAACGAAAUUAAGUACUUUAAUCCAAUCACAGACAUUUUUUUACUUCUACCACGUUCCAGCAUACAUGUGCAGACCUGACGAAAAAUUAUUGAAAGCAAACGAAUGCUAUCCAACUUGCAUUCUAAAUUUAAAAUUGUGUGACUAAUCACCUUUUGGUAGUGAUAAAAGUACGGUGGGGAGAUGCGAUCGGAAGAACAUGAAUUUUAUUCGUCUGAAAUCUUGGCUGCUCACUUUGACACAUCAUUUGCUUAAUUUCGCCUCUCUCUGAUGAUGGAUUAGAGCGAUAAUCAGAAACGACAGAAGGAAAAAAUGAUCGAUUUAAUUGCCGUAUCACCUUCUUGAUUGCUUCCUUGAGCUCGUCUUUUUGCCUCUGCCGGCACUGAUGAGGGUAUCUUCAACAUGUAAAUGACAGAGUUUUGAUUUUUUGAGUCUAAAAAUUGGAAAUUUGGGGGCGAGGGCCUUAGUGGCGAAACUACAGGGCUACAGUGCGACGGAGGAGAACAGUCGCUUAUAGUUCAUCGCCCCGAUCUCCCUUCCAUGACCACAUUGACUUGGCAGGGAAACCGAGUUCACCGCGCAUCGCACAAUAACUGGAUAUUCUUCUUUCAUGCAUGCUUUAGGUUGCACACUCGGGUAUCCGAGGUAGUCAGUCAGAGGGGAUUCGCUAGGUGGGGCUACCAUUACGUUUAAGCGUGCAAACGUAUUCUAGGGCAAUUUCUACGAGCAAGAAUGGCGACUUGAGAGUGAGCAUGCUUUGGGGUACCGGCAACUGCGGUCUUAAAUAUUUCCACUUAAUUUUUACGUUGGCCCAAGUUUACCAUACUUCGUGAAGUGCACGAACAGAGAUACAGUAGGUGGGUUAGCUCAUGAAAUGUCAACCGGAAUUCCGAAAUUCCUUUUCGUUUCGAAGGGAUUAAUUAAGUAGGGUUAUAAAACUAAUCACCAAGAUGCACAAUUUAUUAAUAUUUUCCCAGGAUGCCGGCUUUCGAAGGAACUUCUUUUCGGCUGCACGCAGAAACUACACUAUGUAAAAAAGGACAACUUAAAUAGCAUAAAUUUAUCUCAUUGAUUUUCGAGGCCCCUAAAAGACCAAGUAUAUUUCAUCGAACACAUGCAUAAAAAUAUUCAUUCCUUUCUUAUUCGGUAGAAAAUUACGUUAUCUUCCAUUCUUAUACUCGAUGGAAGGGUAUAAUUUGGUUCUCAGAAACGUUUCCGAUUUUCGAAUAAUUUUGAGCUCGCUCUACCGUUACGCAUAGAUACAGGUUUAACAAACUACAAGCCGUAUACUUUCCGUGUACGGAAAACCACAAAUUUCUCUACGGUAAUAAAGGGAGACCAUAAAGGGUUCAUAAAAUUUAGCACUGGAUUUAAUCCAUAUCGUUAACUUUACAAGUUACAUUGGUAAACACAGAGACAUGACGACUUAUGAACUGCCAUUUCACGGUAUUUAAAUGUCCCAAAAUAAUUUUCUAAAACCGAAUUGUCUCCCUCCUUAGAGUACAAAAGUAGAGGAAGAUGUACUUUUCUACCAAAGAAUAAAAAGAAUGGAUAUUUUUGUGCAUGUUUUCUGUAAAAUUUGAUUCGUCUUUUAGGGGCAUCGAGAAUCAAUGGGAAAAAUUCAUGCCAAUUAAGUAAUCAUUUUUUACAGAGUGUAGUUUUUGCAUGCAGCCAGAAGGAGGUUCAUUCGAAAGCCGGCAUUCCAAGGUAACUGAAAUAAUAUAGAAUUAUGCUGCAUGAUGAUUAGUUUAACAGCUCCACUUAAUUAAUAUCUUCGAAACGAAAACGCAUUUCGGAAACUCGGGUGGCAUUUCACGUGUUACCCCCCCCCCCUAACAUAGGCUUUUUAUAUUACGUUUGUAAGAAAAGUCAUUUCUGAGAAAGUUUUGCAAAGGAAAAGGAUAUAUUUCAGUUUAAAAUUGCCCACCAGUGUCUGUGGAGUCAUUAAGAAACUGAUUCUUCCGAAAGGACUUCAGAAAAGUUUGUCAACAGGUAACUUGAGUCGUAGGCAGAUGCACCAAGUGGCAUUAUAUUCGAUGUCAGAGAUGACUCGUUAUGAAAAAUUACUAGGAGGUUUUUGUAAAUGGUAUUGCAAUUAACUGCCGAGGGUUAGAAAAUACCAUAGGGAACCGAUCGGUAAAAAUGCGUUAGAUCAAUUCCAUCUUACCCGCGCAAUCUCCAAUUUUCACAGUAAAAGCGCAAUAUCAGUAACAGAAUAAUUGCCCAUUGAAAUAGAACGAGCAUUCAUUAGCAUCUUCCAUUUAUUGCCCAAAGACAUAUCACCACACGUACAGUAGAUGUGCUAACUCAUUAAAUGUUAGCCGAAAUUCUGUACACGGAAAAUACGCAGCUUGUAGUUUGGAAACCCUGAAUGAAAAUGUUCCGACAGGUCGGUAUCAAUAUUAUUCGGGAAUAAUUAAGCCCCUUUAAAACCGAAUUAUGCCCUUCCUUCAAAUGUCAAAUUUUAAGACGAGGUAAUUUCCCUCCAGAUGAGUGAAAUAUUGGAUAAUUUUAUGCUCGUUUUCUAUGAAAUAUAUUUGGAUAUAUUUGGCCUCGAAAAUCAACAAAAAAUUUACACUAAUUAACUCGCCAUUUUUAGAGGGCGUAGGUUUUUCAGGCGGCCGGAAAGAAAUUAGUUCAAAAACCGGCAUCCCGAGUAUCUGCCUAUCGUUUAACAGCUAUUAUGAAGACUCGAAUCAUGUAGAUGCCGGACGGGCUCAAAGCAGGCGAGACAUCGAGCGUAGUUUAUUAAAUUUCAUGCCACAAUUAUCCCUGUCAUUACACAGACCAGACAGAACGCCAACUCGGUACGCACAUGCGCGGGCACCAGCGCGCCGUUCUGAGAGGUUACUCGAGGUUUCAAGUCGUUGUUUACACACUGGAGGAAGGUAAAGGGUUCGACUGUGUGAACAGGUGGAAACUGGAGCGAGCGGGCAAGAAGACUAGGCGGAAACCGCUGGAAGGCUGAACGUCUGACACGAACUUCAUAAACACAUAUAGAAACUUCCUCUCUGUUAUCACGCGCUAAGCCCAAGCGGCCGGGUGUCGAGGCCCUUCUUCCGAUCAAGGGCUCACACUGCCAUCACGCCAGUGGACCAUCGGUUUCAUUAAGUCAGCUUAGUCGCUGCACUGCCCCGUCUCCGCCCUUCCCAUUCCAUUUAACAUUUGACUUUAAAAAUACGCACUUAUUGUUUUAGUUCUACAAUCUUUGGUGCUUGUCUUUUGUGCAAAUUCCAAAGUUCAGACCGCUAAGCCUAUUUUGACUGUGUUCGCGCCCUCAUCUUCUUUACGAAAAGAGCAUGCGACUCGUAUAGUCGUCUUCUUUCGCUCGUAAAUGUGCCCUGAGGGUCCCGUCGGACCGGCCCCAAUGGCUUUAGCAUGUCAUUCCUGUUAAAAUACAUUUCGGUUUUCUCCAUUUUUUAUAAGUACAGAAAGUUUGUGUUGAAUAUAAGCAUAACCCCAGUUAAAGGCGAAAGUAGGCUUACCAAAAGUGGCUUCCACAGUGGUGGCCUCGCGGCGCGGUGACAACGUGAGCCCUUGAUCGGAAAGUGGGUCGUGACACCCGGUCGCGUGGGCGUAGCGAGUGGUAACAGAGAGAAAGGUUACUAUAUGUGUUUAAGGAGUUCGUGUCAGAUGCUCAGCCCUCCAGCGGUUUACGUCUUUUCUUCUUUCCAGCUCGCGCCAGUAUCCAUCUGCUCACACAGCCGAACUCAUGACAUUCCUCCAUCGCGUGAAUAACGACUUGAAACCUCUGGUAGCUUCUUCAAACGGCGUGCUUGUGCUUGCCUUUGUGCGUACCGAAUUGUCGUUCUGUCUAGUCUGCAUAAUGGCAAGGCUAGUUAUGACAUGGAUUUUAAUAAACUACGCUUAAGUGCUCGCCUGCUUAGAGUUCGUCCGUCAUCUACAUGAUUAUAGUACUCGUAAUGGCUGCCGGCCGAUAGGCCAUAUGCACGCCUAACUCUGAGGAAAUACGUUAUGUUGUGUCUGACUCACUCAUUAUAUGCGGUAGAGAAGGCGAGAUUGUUGGUGAGUCUUCCUCUCGUUUAUUGUUCCUGGGCGUGUACGGAGUCACCUUUUGACGAAGAUUUUGCGAAGCUAUUCCUUGCUACAUGUUCUUGAAGACUCUGUUAUUCCUCAAUUUCUCCCUGUUGUUCACCGCAUUGAGUUUCUACCCAUCCGAGGAGCAUUGGUUGGUUGCUAUGAUAUCGAGCUGAAGAACUGGGUUGUGUUAGUCGCCUUUCUAUGCUGUCUAGUAUUCAGUUCACAUCGCGUACCUGCGUGAUACGAACGUCAAUGAUGGGGAUCUGAUGGGCCUUUCCUUUUUCUUUUUUGAAUUGAAUAUCGGGGAAGAUGUCGUUGGGCAAGUCUAGUGUAAUUGCUGUAGCUAAGCCGGAUGUGCAGCAUUUUCGACCUUGGCACAAGCAGGUUGGUCAGAUUGAAUUUAUAUGCGUGGGGAAAUGAUGAAAUCUUCCGGAGGUCGUCCAAGCACCGUUUGUAAUUGGGAAGUGAACCGACUAGGCACACCGCCAAACACUUUCUCACCAACACAUACGCUACACCUCGGCUUUUCCAACAUCGCACACGCCGCGGGCACAAACUAAGCACCUCCAACGUGGUGUGUUGUUCUCAGCACGUUCUACAUGCGGCUCUUUUUGUAGAUGUGAGAUGUGAUCACUCCAGCGCUUUGUGCGAAAACCGGAUGUGUUUUUGGAGGGCCAGGUCAUCUGUACAGCAAAAACAGACGGACUACAUUUUAGCCUUGUCAUCCACCUCUUCCUCUCUUAGCAUCUGUUGAAUGACCUGCUCAGACAGUCAACUGAUGAAAGGGAGAGGGAAGAGAGGGGGAAAUGUCGACUCCCUGCGCAUUUUGUUCAGUAUAACCAAUAUGACGGCCUUGAGACUAUCGCAGUGCACUGAAGCCGUAACCUGGAAUGUUUCGAGCUGAGUAUCCAAAUCGGGCCCCUCAGUCAGUCCAGUGUGUUUGUGUGGAGCGCCUAACUGGUGGACUGAGAGUCAGAUAGCAAUAAUUCCUUCCUAAUGUGGCCUCCAUUGCCCUCGCUUUCAGCUGAAAUCCAAGACGUUCCUUUCUCCUUGUUUAUAAUCGUGGCCAGGGGGUGUGGUGGGACGCCUAGGUGCAGGUGCCAGUGCUGUGCCAGUAACCCACGCCGUUUACCGCCUCCGAUCUUCUUGGCCCUGUCAUGGCAUCCGGUCCAGGCGAGUGCGAUAGACGCUGCGCAAGUCUACUGUCACCAUAAAGCAAAUUACGCUCUAGUUCCCACCUCUGAGCCAACCCUGCUGCAGGUCAAAUGGUGGACCUCGUCGGAAUCCACAGUCGAACUCUCGGUACGAAAUUUAAUGAAUGUUCGGCUAGGAUCUAUGAAAGCUUAUGUGUUUGUUGUUGAUCAGUUGGUCAUGGCUUUUUACAUUAAAGGUGCAUUAAGGGAUAAAAAUAUCUCUAUGUAGUCCUUUGCAUAUGAUGCCACGUAGCCAAGACUGAGCACAAAAGUCAGAAAACAUUAAUUGCAAGGAGGCGAUGGCUUGAUUUACAUGUGUAUGCAAUAGUUUAUGGGCAGGAGACCGGUCGACAGUUGGAAAAGUUUAUUAAUUUUUUGAGUCCAUAAACCCUUACUGAAGCCCAUCAUCAGAGAUAACAGCUGGAACACAACAUGCGACAGGAACAGGGGGCAUUCCCAAUCAAAAAACUGUGGUGCUAGUCUAGGAGUGACUGCGUAUGGUUCUGUAUGCGGGCGCCAGAUCGACGAAUCGAGAGAAUGAGUUCUCAUCCGAGACCCAGGAUUCAAUCCAUUCUCGACAUUUCUUGUUUCCGUCGUGAGCAGUUAUCUCGGUGGCCGCGGAGUUAAGCAUGCGAAACGUUACGACUGCGUGGGCAGCAGCUUGUGGUAAUUCGUCGUCCCAUCGCAGAGUCAGGUCAUGUCCGCGAAUGUGCGGACCGAGCAUGCGUUCAUUUCAACCUGUCUAAUUACAAGGACUAUCAAGGAGUAUUUUGGUGAAUAUACAUUGAAUAUUCGGUAACAGUAGGGUAAGUGACCCCAAUUAACUGUCGGUAUACUUCGAAUCGUGCCAUACGGGAAAGAUGGUGAUGGGGGGUUUACGGGUGGGGCAGCACGCCAGACAGUAAGUUGACGGAAUGCAGGGAAACACAGAGGAAAGUCGGUGGCAAGAACGAUACUUUUGGAAAAAAUGAUGUAUUUGUUCAGAUACGGUAUCCAGCCGAAUAUUCCAUGACGUCCCAUCUUCACACAGGGCCUGACAAUCGAAAAAUAACGCCUACCUUCUGGCAGACAUUCCUAUUAUCCCUCAAUUUAUGCCAGUUCAUCUCCGUUUUUUGAUUCCGCCUUCUUGGGUACAACUGCUAGUCAUCAGUAAGUAUAUUAGACAGCACACUAUUCACAGUCUACCGACAGCUAACUGGGGUUCUUCAGACUACCGUUGUCAAAUAUUCGUUUAACCACUCGCUUGCUUUACACCCAAAGUACUACUUACUCAGUAAGCGUCUUUGUACAGACUUUAGCGCCCGUAUAAGGUCAGUUGUACUUUACAGUACGGUUUAUAUAGUUUGUUUUGUGCAUACAUUAUGCAGGAAUUUUUAAAAUAUUUAAAUGUCACCGUGGCGGAAGAGGGACAGAACAAAACAUCAUGCAUUUUUUAGACGCGAUAGGCGAUAACGCACGUGCUAAUUAUCGAGAGAGGGGAUAACUAACCACCGGCUCUCCGCCAGGGCAAGGGGCGUCCAACAUCACGAUCCAACACUGCACCCUCUUGUGUUUGUUCUGCAUUCAAAGAUACCAACGUCCACAAGCUGAUCAGUCAAGACAUUCACAGCGCGAUUAACCAGGCCUACACCGCCAGGUUAGUAUUCUUAAGCUUUUGGCUGCUGGUAUGGAAUCCCCUUAUCCUAAAGUAUACUACUAGCUGCCUGUCAACAGCUUAUGUAUUUUGCGCGGUUACCCGCUGUGGCUGAUGGACUUUGGCCCAAAUAUUCAUGUAUAAAGUUCUCGGUCUAAGCCUAUAGACCUUGAAAAAACUGAUAUACUCCAACUUCGUAGAUAAUUUUUGAGGAAAUUAAAAAAUUGACAGUUUCUAAAUUGAGGUAUCUGCCAGAAAGCAGAUAGGGAGUGCUGGGGCACCCACUGACGAGCCGAAUCCCUCGCAGUUGUGUCAUGCAUCGGCAGAUUAUGGGCGAAACUCGCGUGUAUGGGCUUUUGGGUAGUACAUAUGCAGUUGAUAUGGAAUCCCUUUACCCUAAACUACACGCCAACCCUCUGUAAAAGAGCAAGAGCAAAUACCAAAAGGGCAGUUCUAAUGGCAGACUAAAGAAUGUUGGUAACUGCGAAGGCCAGAAUUUGCGUUUCGUCAAACGGAUUCGAGCUGCCUAUCUCCACAUGCCGCGGUGGGCCUUCCGAUUUGGAACUGUGGCCUACGACAAAUCUCAGCAACGCAAAUAGUCGCGGUACCCUUACUUCUGCAUCUAAGCAAAAUUAGCUGCUCCACACACCUAAAAGGACUUGCUCUGCGGUUCCAGCAGAAACACAGCUCAUAAUUGCCUCUCGAAUGAGAGUUAGGGGAUGCAGCUUUAUGGCUCAGCUGGGAAGCUCCUCAUACAUUACUCAACGGCAGAACACCUGCUGCGAAAUGGGGACUGGCAGUUGUACUCAAAAGCCGAGAAACAAAAAACCGGAAAUCAAGUGGGCAUGAAUUGAGGAAUAACAGAAAUGUUCGCCAGGAGAAAAGCCCAGUUGGAACGCCAUGGAAUAUCCAGCUGGAUACAAUAUCUCCCUGUUUUCAUCGUUCUGCUCGAAGGUAUCGUCUUUGCAAUCGACCGUUUUUUGUGAAUUCCGUAAGCUUACUGUCUGGCGUACUGCCCAAGCCGUACAACCCCAUUACCACCAUUCCCGUAUGAAAAGAUAUACAGUCUACCGACAGUAAAAUGGGAUCUUUCGCCCUAUCGUUGCCCACGCGUUUUCCUAUAUUAUCUCCUUAUCACCAACUGACCUGAUGUCUCUGAAACGUUUUAUACAUUCCUUUACUUAUAUGCCAUUGCUGAGACCUCAGCUAGCCUCCAAAGAGCAUUGAGCCGCCUUUUUAGUUAAGAGGUCUGACCCUUUCCGAUACAUCGUCAACUGCCUGGAUUUAACCUUUUUAUUUGAAUACAGAAUAACGGCACAAAUGCCAGUCAAAUUUACUGAAAGGCUGUAAAUAUGUGAAUAGGUCCGUGAUCAUUAGCUUAAUUUUUGGAAAUAUUAAUUCACUUGCUUCCCUUGCGGUACAUAUAACUAUUCAUCUGACCCAGUUGUAAAAGUAUUGGUGUUCUUAGCGGGGUUCCAAUCCACGGCAGAAAGUGCAAGGCCUCAAUACCGUCCUGACCACUUGCUAAGGUAUUCAGAUCACUGAAUCAGAAUUGGUAUAUUUCAUAUGCUUCUGUAGGUUGGGCGUGUAACUUCACGCAACUGCAACUAAACACAGGACCCAUGUUCGGGAUCUUGUAGCACACGUAGUCACAACACAAGACUUGCGCUGGCUGUCGUGUGUUCGAACCCCACCAAGUUUACCGACUAUUUUGUUAGUUGGUCGGAUAAAUUGCGCAAAUCUGCCAAAAGCACCUGUUAAUGUGCACGUACGAUGUCGUGCGAAGUAUAUUUAACUUGUGCUAGUGGCCAUAUAUCUUACAGUUUGGCAUCCCCAAAAUGACUUUUUAUACCAGCUUUAUUUCAGAUUUUUCUAGGAUUUCCUCGAACUAAGCACUAGAGUCAUAUUAAUAUACAUCAGUGCUGGUUAUUAUCCAGAGAAGCGGUAUAGAGAAGGGGUCCAAUUAACUGUCAGUAGACUGUGGAUCGUGCCAUACGUAAUUUAUGGUAAAGUUUUAUGAGUGGAGCAGCACGCUAGACAGUAGGCUGACAGAAUGAAACAAAACACAAGAAUUGCCUGAAUUUACGCCGAAAGUCUUACUCUACGCUAUUGUGUGACAAUGGAAGUGAGAGUAGUAAUUAAACAAUGAAAAAGUACAUUUCACAAAAUAACGGAUUUUGAGUUAAGGUGUGAGGUAGUGGGAAAUAAUCGUUGUUGGUAUUGUAGCUUCUGCAACAGCCUGCAAAUGUAUGCCGAGAUGAAGCCCCAUGUGACACGAUCUACAGUCUGCUGACACUUCAGAGGUGUCCUUCUAUACACCGUUGCCAUGUCCGGUUUUGCGCCUUGUGAUGAAUUACUUUAUGCCUUCAAAUAUCGUUUAAAAAAACCGACUUAAAGGUUUCUCAUAAAAAAGGGUAUUAUCGAAAAAUGAUGGAAGAAUUUGAUCGUUUCUGGCAAAUCCAAAUACGUGCGUAAUCUUAUGAAGAGCCGUAUACUGUGCACUUCAUUAAUAUGACCGUCUAAAACCAAUACAAUGUUUCGUCCGCUAUAAUUUCUGGCACAGUUCUGUCUUAGCAAACGAUAAAAUCAUUUUACUACGUUUGUCACAAUUAUAUGAAAUCACCUCGAUUACUGAAAUAUGAGAAUGCUGAGCGUUUAUAUGGAGGUUCAAACGGUUCUGCCAGUGAAAAGUGCUGAUCAGUGCCAAAAAUCGGAUAAAAUUACUAAGGAAUCAACCGUUACCUCUUUAAAACACAGCACUUAAAUUGGCUUUUAGAAAUUCUGCGAACUCAUAUUUGCGUAAUGGCGCCGGAUACUUCAAAUCCGAUUCGGUUUUUGCACACAUUUCUAAGUUAAAUACUACCCAGUCCUAAUUAGUCGGUCACUUAAUCAUAAUAUAAGCUAAAAGCUAGAAUCCCGACAGCAUAGUGAAAACUUAACCGGUUGAAAACUUCAUAAGGAAAGUAAUAUGCCGUGUGACACCAUUAAGACUCAAAUAUUUCAAGUGCAAGGUGCUUUUUUACCAGAAAUUACACGCGGUAAGUUAGGAAAUGUACUGGGGAACAAGACCUCACCGCCGAGUCAGAUUGCAACAUAAAAUUCGCUAAGCACGUGCCUCGUCUUUUAGUUAGCAUUCGUGCUAUAAUAAAAGCAAAGAAUUUUCUAGGUAUAUUCGCAUACUAAUGCCGGCACGUUGGCAGCUUUCAAAGAUCGCCGAAAGGGUUAGAAUUCGGCGCUCAAGCAAUUUCCCGAAUGAAUCUGAGAAGGCCUUAUUUGGAGAAGUUACUCCAAAAUCACACACUGAUUUCGGACGAAACGGAACAUCUAAUGGCAAAAAUGUGAAAUGUUCGGAUGCGGAAAAAAGCGUAGGGAACCUCAAAAGUACGUCAUGCGGCAUCCCAGAAUUGUCGAAGCAAGCGUCUGGGCUUUCGGCGCGAGCACAAUUAACCAAUAAUUGCAUUCUACCGACUGUUUGCUGUCAGGUUGUGCGCAAUACUCAGCUACUCCGCUGAUGCUGAGGGAAUUCGGCCCAGAUAAUAAUAGUAACUUUAAACUGAACCUGCGAAUUCUUGUCCUAAAGACUUUAUUCCACACUCGCAAGUUAAUUCCGGAAUAAGCUUGGCUGCUUAAAUCAAAUUGCUUACAUGUGCUCUAGAAUUCUUCAAUGUAGGCUCGGUUGCGGAAUAAGCAGAGGAUGGACAUCAUAAUAGUUGGUUUGGAUACGAAUACCGCCAUCAGUAUAGCCGAAAAUAGACUUAACUUGCACCAAAUUUACGGCUCUAGAGGGAAUUUUCUAGGGUGACAGAUAGUUUUAAAAAUAUCGACAACAGAAUAAUAGUUGUGCUAUUAAUCUUUCUGGGGAUUUUUCCCAGACUUAAAUAUACGAACAACAGUUUCGAUUACGCCCUCUGUUGCCAAGGCCAACGGAAAAUAUACGCACCAAAAGAGAUGCGUAUUCAUUUUUGGGCAGAUGCGUCGUUGCCAAAUACAGUCGACGCCCGGUUCGGAAAAACAAACCGCCUCGGGCCUUCUCGAGCUUAAAAGUGUUUCGCCCGAUGAGUGUAAAUACGCCCAUAAGCUGACCAAAGUCUGGGUCAGCGUUUGCCUGGCGGGAUAUUGCUAAAGACCAUGUGACAGAGGUUGCAGUCAGAAGAUGGGGAACUAAAACGGCAAGAUCCCAUUCUUUAGCCGUACCUGUUAAGAGUUAGGGUUAGGGGGUUAAGGGUUAGAGAUUAAGGGUUGGGGUAAGGGGUUAGGGGUCAGGGUUAGGGGUCAGGCUGGGGCUUGUCUACAACAGGUACGACUACAAAAUGAGAUCCGACCACUAAAACUACCUCUGACGAAUUAGUGGCUUCCUAUAGUCCCACCCCGUACUUACCUUCGCCAUUCUGUAGUUUUGCAAUGCAUUUAGCACAGUAGUGGCUCUAGUAACCAGAGUUUAGAGAGUGGAGAAAAAAUUUGCUGGAGUUUUAGGGAGACCCUCAUUCAGAACAUUACUCUCAUAAAAUGUUGGCCAAAAAUUCUGAAAUGCGUAUCCGAUUAAGAAGGAUUACUUAGGUAGGGUUGUUAUACUGAUUACCAUGCGACAUUUACCUAUAAUAUUUCAGACUCGCUAGAAUUUUGGCUUUUAAAUGCGCUUCUUUUCAACGUCCUGUAGAAGCCGCGCACGGUAUGGCUACUUAAGUUGCAUGCAUUUUCCCCAUUGGUGGUCGAUGGUCUUAUUAAUUCAAAUAUAUUUUAUAGAAAACGUUAAAAAAGUAGACUUCCUUUUACUCGUUCGGUAGAAAAUCACGUUGUCUCUGCAUUUUAUACCCGGAGAAAUGUUAUCUCUCGGGUUUUAAAAAGUUUCUAAUCAUAAAAUUUUUUUAAGACCGUACAAUGUCCAUUCAUACAACAUCGUACCCGUUCAUUUACUAAUGCUCCUCAUGAAUUGUACAACGUAGUCCGCAUCCAUUGCAAAAUUUCAUGAGAUCUACAUAGUAUGUUUUUAAAGGCAAAGAAGUAUGUAUGAAUUUCCUUAUGCGGAAAGUGUAUACUUUGUAGACUAAGACCGCUAAAUGAUAGUGGAGCGGUUGAUCUGGCUCACUAUUAUUCGGGAGUUGAGAAACCUUUAGUGGCUUCCUGUAGUCUGACCCCCCACUUACCUUCGUCAUUCUGUGGUUUUGCAAUGCAUUCAGCACUGUAGUGGCUCUAGUAAACAGAGUUUUAAGAUUGGUGAAAAACUUUGCUGGAGUUUUAAGGGGACCCUCAUCCAGGACAUUAGCCCUAUCGGUAAUAUCUAUGCCCCGUUGUUGUGGCAGACGCUGGAUACAGGCAAAAUCUGUACGCACGUGAACGAGAAUAACAGUGAUUUCCAUCUUUCUCUCUCUCCCAAAAUAUCCGCAGUCAUUUUAGGACACAGUUCUACUUGAGUCCAGUCUCGCAACUAGCAUGAGAAACUAUCAAGACCUAUUAUGUGGGGCGUUAUAGCCUCCAUCACUUUGUUGAGCGUCGCCGACAGGAGUGGGCUCACAGGAGGUAGUAUACGAAUCCUGUCUCGGUCCCGUUGUCACUGGUUAGCCGAACACUGACACCAGAACCCAGUUUGAGUUUGUUUACUGAAAGGCUAAGUUAGAGAGAGGUGAGAGAUGUAAAUAUCCGUGGUCACGAUGUUGAGAGGUGUUUCAGCAGUUCACAUGGGAAAGAUCAGAUGCGAGACAGUCACUAAUUUCGGUUACGUCUGAGGGGGCUUCGCAAUCAGCAUGGAGGAGGGUAAAAAUUACAUUUGGCAAAAAAUGUCUCCUCUCACGCUAUUCUGAAGUUAGUUGGUGGUUACUCUAAAAAGCGCAUUGUACUGACAGUCAUAUAUUUUAAAUGACAUGACCAAGGCUGUCAUUUGCGAGGGGUAUAACUUUGCUUGCCAAAUACUGGGCCAUUUUAACGCAUUCCUAUAAUAUUUCGGACUUGUUAGCAUGUUGGCUUUUGAAUGCACUUCUUUUGACUUUGUAUAGAACCCUCGCUCAGUAAGAAAUGGCUGCUUAUGUAGCAUGCAUUUUCCCCAUUGAUUUUCGAUGGUCUUAUAAAUUUAAAUAUAUUUUAUAGAAAAAGUUGCAAAAGUAGGCUUGCUUUUACUUGUUUGGUAGAAAAUCGCGCUGUCUCUACACUUUAUACCCGGAGAAAGGCUAUCGUUCGUUUCUUAAAAAGUUUGAAAUUAUGAAAUUUUUUAAGACCGCGCGAUGUCCAUUCAAACAGCAUCGUACCUGUUAACUUACCAAUGCUCCUCACGAAAUGUACAAUGAAGUCCACAUCCAUUGCAAAAUUUUAUGAACUCUCCCUAGCAUGUCUUUAAAGGCAUAGAGGAACGUAUGAUUUUCCAUUCGCGGAAAGCAUAUAAGUCGGGUGUAAAAUGUAAAGGCAACCGGAUUUUAUACCAAAGGAGUGAAAGAAAGCCUGCACUUGUGACGUUUUCUAUACAAUAUUUUUGAAUUCCCAAUGAAAAUCGAUGUAAAAAAUUCAUGCUAAUUAAGUAGUCAUUUUUGCCGAGUGAGACUUGCACAGGAAGUUGAAAAGAAGUGCAUUAAAAGCCAACAUUCCCGCGAGUUCAAAAUAUUGUAGGAUUAUGCUGCAUGAUAGUCAAUAUUACAACCCCACCUAAGUAAUCUCUCCUGAUCGAAAACGCAAUUCAGAAUUUCGGCAAACAUUUCAGGAGGUCGGAAAAUUAAGAAAUAAGGUAAUGCGAGUUGCCGUUAAACAAACAGACAAACAGCAGAUAAAUGCAGUAAGAAAUUCUUGAAGAAGGAGACACGAUCGCCGGGACAAGAGCUUUAUUAGCCUGACGUUUCGGAUUCCUACUCGAAUCCAUCGUCAGAGACAAAAGAGCAGAAACGGGUGGUUGUUGCACAAAGGGCUGCGGUAUUUAUAGGAUGCGGCAGCCAUGCUACCGCAUACCUAUGAACUUUCACGGCUUCCCCCUUCAUCCGGGAUUGUCAAACUUGGUGUGAUCAUUGCUUGAUGGCCGACAUUCGAGUCGAUAAUUGCUGCAAUUUCAUCACGUGCGUUGGAUGUUGGCGUGAUGAUUGCUCGACCAUCUGACGCGUUGACCCGGGUGUUGGGAAGAGUGUUCACCAGUGCGCUCCCCGCGUGGCCAAUUACUCCGCCUAGACGAAGUCUCAGCACGCUGUAUUGAAUGGGAAGAUCGUUGCACUUGUUGAUGGACUGGGAGCCAGUAAACCAUGAUUCUAGUAGCUCCCGGCUCACUCGGUUGUCACCUCUUGCGAGAAUUUCGGCCUCAUCGAAUUUAAAUGUGUGGCCGGAUCUCGUCGAAUGAGCCGCAACUUGAGAGCUGGCGUCAUUUCUGCGCACCGCUGCCGCGUGUUCGGCCAUUCUCGUUCGGAGCUGUCUUCCGGUUUCUCCGACGUAGUUGCUUUGUCCGCAACUGCACCAGAUCCGAUAAACGACUCCAGACGUUUCUAGCCGUGGCAGUGGGUCUUUUGGUUUCAUGAUCAGACGCCUGAUGGUUGCCUCCGGUCUGUGUGCCACUCCAACCCCAAGUGGUGCGAGAAGGCGGCCGACAGCUUCCGAAACGUUCUUGACAUACGGAAGUGCCCGCCAAGACUUGGUGUCCGUGCGGUUAGGCCUUUCGUCCCUUUUGCGUAUGCACCGGUCGACGAAGUUGCGCGGGUAGCCAUUGGCUAUGAAGACCCAUCGGAGGUAUUGUAGUUCAGCAAUUUUGUCUUCCGGCUCACUGCAGUGCGUUUCGACACGCCGAAAGAGCGUCCUUACACAACUGCGUUUGUGGCUGAUUGGGUGGUUACUGUUGAAGUUCAGUACUUGCAUCGUAUUUGUCGCUUUCCUGAACACUUUGGUCUUUAGUCCACCACAAUCCUUGCGGCAUACGAGGACAUCCAGGAAGGCCAGCUGGUGUCUGGCUCAGAGUCAGACACCACGGUCUCUUCGUCAGCACAAUUCCUGGAGAAACUCAAAGGGGUAAGCAUCCAUUCAAAUGGGGUCAUGGUAUCUUUUGAUGUUACAUCCCUUUUUACUUCUAUUCCCCAGGACCUGGCGAUCGAGACAAUUGAACUGCUACUACAAAGCAAAUACGAUGAAACGGAGAACCGUCUUGGACACGCCCAAAUCCUUCAGCUCCUGAAGCUCUGUCUCAGGACGUACUUCACGUUCGACGGGACAAUCUACGAACAGGUGAAGGGCACACCAAUGGGUUCGCCGAUUUCGGGAUUCAUCGCCGAGGCGGUCCUGCAACGGUUAGAGUCGCUGGUCUUCCAACACCACAGACCGAAAUUCUGGGCCCGGUAUGUGGAUGAUACCUUCGUCGUCAUCGAACGGGAUCAGGUGUUGACAUUCCAAGAACAUCUCAACGCCGUCUUCCCGGACAUUCAAUUUACGAUGGAGGAGGAAGAGAACAACCAGCUGGCCUUCCUGGAUGUCCUCGUAUGCCGCAAGGAUUGUGGUGGACUAAAGACCAAAGUGUUCAGGAAAGCGACAAAUACGAUGCAAGUACUGAACUUCAACAGUAACCACCCAAUCAGCCACAAACGCAGUUGUGUAAGGACGCUCUAUCGGCGUGUCGAAACGCACUGCAGUGAGCCGGAAGACAAAAUUGCUGAACUACAAUACCUCCGACGGGUCUUCAAAGCCAAUGGCUACCCGCGCAACUUCGUCGACCGGUGCAUACGCAAAAGGGACGAAAGGCCUAACCGCACGGACACCAAGUCUUGGCGGGCACUUCCGUAUGUCAAGAACGUUUCGGAAGCUGUCGGCCGCCUUCUCGCACCACUUGGGGUUGGAGUGGCACACAGACCGGAGGCAACCAUCAGGCGUCUGAUCAUGAAACCGANCCGCAUCCUAUAA